AUGUUACUUGACAUAGAUCCCACACAAAAUCUUAAACCCGAGGGGAAAGUGUUUCCAGUUCAGUCACCUGUUGUAGCAAUGACUGUAACCACAGACCGUGUCUGGUUGGCAACAUCUGAUGGUGGCGUAGAGAUUCGUGAUAUUUAUACAGCAGAGCUUGUCCAUCGUUUUGCAAGUGCUCCGCGUCCAACUAGUGUUACACGAAUUUGGUCUCUGUUAAACGUAAUGACACAGAGUAAAGGUUCACAAGUGUGGAUGGGUCUCUCUAACGGAAGUAUUGAGGUGUAUGAUGCCCAGUCUUUUCGUAUGGUACAACGACUGGCGAAACAUGCUGGUGGUGUUUACUGUCUUGCUGAGUUUGGGGGUUAUGUAUACUCAGGCAGUAGCGACUUCAAGAUUGCACAGUGGUACGCAGAGGAUGGACGUCUUGUGCGUAUGCUACAUGGCCAUACCAACUAUGUGCGUUGCCUAUACGCGGAGGGGAGUGCAGUUGUGAGUGGAUCUGACGACUGCACUGUGCGUGUGUGGGAUGCGGGAAGUGGUGAGGCACAGCUGACAGGCCACUUUCAUGGCCGAGCUGGUGUGUCGGCUCUCUGCCGCGUUGGCGUGACGAUGUGGUCUGGCGAUGAUGACGGGCGUGUCAUUGCAUGGAAGUUAGGCACGUGCGAGGCGCUACGGGUCCUGCAGGCACACGGUGGCCGUGUAGCCUCAUUGCGAAAGAUUGGAUCACGAGUAUACUCUGGUGGUGCUGAUGGUAUUAUUGCCGUAUUUGAUGCAGAGGAUGGACGAUUGUUGCAACAAAUAGAAGAUCACUCUGGAGGUCGUAUCGCUACUGUGCAAUGUGCAUGGGAGUGUAGUCGAUAUAGUGUUUGGACAGGUACGUCCGAUAACUCUGUUCGUUGUUGGCAUCAUGAUGAAUUUCGUCCAAUGAUCCAAGAUCGUGAACGUUUUAAUGAUAUGCGCUGGUAUUAUUCUACUGUCCAAUCACAUCUUGAGGGUAAUGAACGAUUGUUGAAACAACAACGUGAGUUAGCAGAAUUAGUUACACUUACUCAGGGAGGAGAGCAAGCAGUACGAAAUAUGCUAGAGAUGAGUGAAGAAAUGAAAAAUUCAACUCUUCUUAAUUGUUGGAUGUUACAAGAGCGAAAGCGUAAAACUGAGAAGGCGACGCGGGAACUUCAAGAUGAACGUUUUCGUAUACAGCUAGAAGUACAGAAGCAGGAACAGAAUCUAUCAGCAAUUCGGGCAGCUCUUCAAAAGACUUUAGAAGCAGUUCAGAAAAUUCGUGCGGGAGGCGUACCGAGUCAAAUGACAGGGAGUACGAACGUUGACUCAAACUUCGCUGCAACUAUCCUACAACAACAACAACAACAGGCAGUUACCACAGGUGGUCUGGUUCCUGGUGCUGCAGCAGUAGUAGGAACGACAAUACAGAUGUCUUUGGGUGUCCCUGGAGUGUCAUCAUCGACCGCAUCGGCGCCACUACCUUCUGCUGUUGUUAAUCCUGUAAACACAUCAAUGCAUGCCCUUCCUGCUGUUGGUGCACCUCCUCCUUCAGCUUCAACAGUUCAACAGCCACCAACAUCAAGUGUUCCAGCUCCACAUCAUCCUUCAGCCUCUACAGUGCCGCCACCACCAACAUCAAGUGUUCCAGCUCCACAUCAUCCUUCAGUCUCUACAGUGCCGCCACCACCAACAGCAAAUGUUCCAGCUCCUCCUUCAGCUUCUACAGUACCGCAACCACCAACAGCAAAUGUUCCAGCUCCACCUCCAGCUUCUACAGUACCGCAACCACCAACGGCAAGUGUUCCAGCUCCACCUCCAGCUUCUACAGUACCGCAACCACCAACGGCAAAGGUACCAUCUCCAACAGGACCACGACCCCCAGGUGGAAAAACGUCUUCCAAUAUCAAGUCACGUUUUGCUGGUUUGGGGAAGUCACGUUCGACUACUGAUGUUCCAGUAGAGAUUCUUCUUCCGAAGAAACACUGA